UCCCUGAUCCCAGCCAGUCUAUGUGUGGAUGGGUGCUUGCCCGGGGGAUUCCUGCGGUGCGGGUAGAGGAGGGUGGAGACUAAAGAAGGACGAGGCUCGCUUUCUCCACACCCUUGCACUAUCCCCGGCCCUUUCAAGAACAAGAAUGGUGGACCCUGGGGGCCAGAUUACAGGGGAGACCCCAGACCAGGAGGGGGGAAACCUGAAACCUUUGGCAUCCAGGGCCUUGAAUCGGGAAGGCCCGAUGUUAAGGUUCUUGUCCUGUGUGCUGGUCCAUCUAGCAAGCCAGUAUCUUGGGGCUAGGCGUCUGUUUUGUCAUUCCCCGUGUCUUUCAGUAGGGCGCUGUACCACUCGGAGCAAAGGAAUAAAGAAUCUGCCCCGAACCUCUGCAAGUCAGUGUAAAGGACCUUGGAUUCGGAAAGGCUGGUAUUGGGACUGUCUGAAGUGCUGUUCUGUCUGCCUAGCAGUCUGUCUCUGCCCUGUCGCCUGUCUGUGUCUUUGGAUCUUGCGGCUGAAGGCCAAUCCAACUCUAGGAGCAGGAAGAAGAGGAAAAUUGUCCAGAAACAAGUUUGCAGGACUCAGUGUACUUCCAGGCAAGAAAUAGAAGGAAGAAACUGCCUGGACCCCUGAGGGUGUAUGUGGGGCUGCCACUGCCCCCAGGACAUCUGGAGGGACAGGGGAGGUCCCCCAGUAUCUGUAGCUGCAGCAGAGCCUGCUGGCUGUAGCUGAAGACUCCACAGCCCCCUCCCCCCUCCCCCUGACUUGGGAGCACUCUUCUGGCCAGAGCAAACCCUCCAGACACUCGUGGCAGCAUGGGCCGAACUCGGGAAGCUGGCUGCUUGGCCGCUGGUGUAGUGAUCGGCGCUGGCGCCUGCUACUGCGUAUACAGACUGACCUGGGGAAGAGAUGAGAGCGAGAAAAUCUGGGACGACCACGAUGAUGAUGAUGAUGAGGAGGAAUCUAGCGAUAUUGCAGAGACUGGGAAAGGAGCUAAGGCUAAUGCUGGGGCAGGGGCUGGAGCCAGACUUCAGGGUGACUCAAAGGCCAAGGCUGAGGUGUCCGUGGAACUCAGGAGUGGAUCUAAUGUAAAGGCAGAGGCCCACUUGAAGGCCCAGAGUGGAGGUGGCCUAGAGGCCAAGGCCAAGGCCCUUUUCAGCACCCUGAAGGAACAGGCAAGUGCAAAGGCGGGCAAAGGGGCCAGGUUGGGUACCAUCUCCGGAACCAGGACCCUUACACCUGGUUUACCCUGCCCAGGAGUCAGGGGUGGAGGCUGCCACCCUGUGAGGAAUGGAGCUAGGACUGGGGGCAGGACUAGUGGCAAGUCCAAGGGAAGGACCAGAGGUAAGAGCGCCAGGACUCCAGCUACAUCAUGGCCUGUUCGAAGGGGCAAGUUCAACUUUCCCUAUAAAAUUGAUGAUAUUCUGGGUGCUACUGACCUUCAAAAGGUCCUUAACAUCCUAGAAAGAACUAGUGAUCCUUUUAUUCAGGAAGUAGCCUUGGUCACUCUGGGUAACAAUGCAGCAUAUUCAUUUAACCAAAAUGCCAUUCGUGAAUUGGGUGGUCUCCCAAUUAUUGCAAAACUGAUAAAAACGAAAGAUCCCAUUAUUAGGGAAAAGGCGUACAAUGCCCUUAAUAACUUGAGUGUGAACGCGGAAAAUCAGGGCAAGAUUAAGACAUAUAUCAGUCAAGUGUGUGAUGACACCAUGAUCUGUCGUUUGGACUCAGCUGUGCAGAUGGCUGGUCUAAGGCUGUUAACCAACAUGACUGUGACAAAUCACUACCAACAUUUGCUUUCCUAUUCUUUUCCAGACUUUUUUGCUUUGUUAUUCCUGGGAAAUUACUUCACCAAGAUUCAGAUUAUGAAACUAAUCAUAAACUUUACUGAAAAUCCAGCCAUGACAAGAGAGCUGGUCAGUUGUAAAGUACCAUCAGAAUUGAUUUCCCUCUUUAAUAAAGAAUGGGACAGAGAGAUUCUUCUUAAUAUCCUUACCCUAUUUGAGAAUAUAAAUGACAACAUAAAAAAUGAAGGGCUUGCCUCAUCCAGGAAAGAAUUCAGCAGAAGUUCACUUUUUUUCUUAUUCAAAGAAUCUGGAGUGUGUGUUAAGAAAAUCAAAGCAUUAGCAAAUCACAGUGAUCUGGUCGUGAAAGUAAAAGUCCUAAAAGUAUUGACCAAACUUUAACUGGGGGUCUGUCCCAAACAAUACUGAGGUAAUUUUUUUAGUUUGCACUUGGGAACAAUGCAUUUUGUAAAUUCUUUGCUUUUCACUGUGCUUAUAUGUCAAAGAGAUCCUUUCAGCUGCUAUUUUGGAAUAAUGAAUAUCACAUAUCAACAGUGAUGCUGGUUGUGAUGGUUGGUUUUAGGCUAGACCAUUUUAAGGAUGUCAGAUGAAUACUAGAGCUUGUACAAAGAAAGCAUUUAUUGAUUCCAUCUUGCUACCUAGAUUGAGAUAUUUUUACUCUUUCCUCUACUUAAACUGACAGUGAACUAAUCACGAAUAAGCUAUACUUUUGUAUUGGUUUACAUUUGUUAAUCUUGUGUUUCAUCAAUAAAGUUGUGUGUUUUAACCAGCAAAAAAAAAAUUAUCAUGUUCUUGAGUUUAUGAUAUAUUUGGAGAGGCAAGAUGUAUGGAAACAAAAAGAUACUAACAAAACUGAGAACCUCUAAUCAUGGCCAUCUGUUUCCUAUUUCUGCAGGCAACAGUGCUCUCCUCCGGAUACUUAAGUAGAACUGGGCAUGAAGGAUGGGAUAAAAACAGGGCGGAAGGGCAUUGGAGGAGGGAGGAGUGAUGGGAAGAAAGGCAUGGAGGUGGGAAUUUUUCUCCACAGAAGAAGGAGGCUGUGCCUCCUCUGUGGAAUAAAGUGUGGGGAGGGGAGUGAUGGAAAAUACAGUCUAGCAGUUGGAUGAGUUCCAUUCAUGGAGGAUCCCUGAUUUCUAAACUGAGGUGUCUGUAUAUUAUUCCACCAACCCCUGGGAGACACCAAACCCUUUUGUGACCAGAGGAGUGACAGGAUGAAAGGAACGUUAUGUGGCUGACUUGUGUGCAGAAUGGGUCAGAGUUGGAGUGGGGACAGGAGUGGCCACUGGAGAUUGGAACACCACUUAGGAAGUUACCACCAUAGUUCAGGCAUAGAUGCUAAAGGCGUGAAAUUUCACUGGUGGCAAUAGGAGUGGCAAUGGGAGGAAGGAAGUGAGAGUUGCUUUGAAUGAAGAAGUGCUGGAACCUAUCCUGGGGACAUACAGAGAGGGACAAUUUUAUUGUAGGGUCCUGAGGGCAUUUGAUAGGAAAACAUCCUCUUUCUUGUCCAACUCUGGUGUCUAUGGGAGUGAAUAUUUUAGUAAUUAUUUUGGAAUUAUGAAAAAAUAUAAUAGAAGAAAUAAUAAUUUUUAGUGCUUCUAUCAGAUUUCUUUUACAAGAUUGGUUGGGGCAGGGUCUUUAUGGAACCUCGAGAGGGCUGUUGGCAUCCAUACUGGAGAAGAUCCACCUCUCUUCCAACCCAGAGUAUGGUGAGGGUGUGGGUGGAGGGACACCUUCAAACUGUGCUGGUGGGAGCAUACUUGGUACAAGAUCCAUUUGGAUACAUGUUUCAGAAGCUUUCAAGAUGUGCAUGUUCUUUGACCCAGUAAUUCCACUUAUACAAAUUUGUCCUUAGGAGAUAUAAUUGGUUUAGGAGAAAUAACUGGCUUGUACAAGUUUGUGCAUCUUUGCACUGUUUUGAAGAGUGGAAAACUGUGAAUGACCCAAGUGUCUUGAAAUAGGCACUUGGCUAAGAAAUUAAGGUAUUGAAACAUUAUUCAGCUCUUGAAAAUGUUGAUGGGCAACUACACUUAUUUACAUGGAGAAAAUU